AUGGCAUCCCAACCGUCGACCGAGCCAGACCAGAUAUUGUUGGUCAUUCACGAUUUCGCUGCUCGAGGCUCUGAUGAAUUGAGCUUGUCAAAGGGAGACCGGGUGAAAUUAAUCGAGCGCGACGAUGAUUUCGGGGAUGGAUGGUAUCUGGGAGAACAUCUGGUGAAUGGGAGUCGCGGUCUAUUUCCUGCAGUCUACACUAGAAUCACUCCUACAGAGCUCCCUGCUCACCAGCCUACCUCGACCACUCCUCCAUCCCUAAUCCCUCCAAACCCACCGGAUACGGUGAAAGAACAGGCUACAGAGCCUAAAGAACCUAUAGAACCUACCGAGCUGCCCGCGAUGUUCACCCCAGAGAGCCCAAUUGUCAAGGACAUCAGAAUGUCCGAGCCAAAUCUCCAUCUAGAGAAGGUCAAAGAUGAAGUGCCAGAAGCUACUCGCCAUGUGAGCACAUCAGAAAUCCCGGACUCGCCUACUAUCACCUCACCUUUGGCACCGCCAACGGCAGAAGUGUCUAAGGAUCCUGAUACAAUACUUCCACCCGCCGUCUCGACGACUGUCGCCCCUAUACACCCCCAACCAAGGAGCGUUACAGCAGCAGCGAAAAUCCAUGCCCAUGGCCAAGAUAGUCCUGUUAUGAACGAGACGCUGAGUGUUAUCGAUGAGCACAUCACGGACAUGAAUUCACCCCACCAUAGCCUUGUACCAGCUGAAAGACACAGGGCAAAUGACUCUGCCAGCGAAUACAGCAGCAAUCUCGACCAGCGACUCUCAUAUAUCAAUGGAGAAGAAACAGAUGAGGAGGAGGAGGGGAUCCAUACCCAAGAGGAGGUGGUAACCUGGACACCGGACCAAGUUGCAGAAUACCUCUUUACCGCGGGUGUUGAACCGAAGCAUUGUGAGAUAUUCCGGGAUCAAGAAAUAACAGGCGAUGUUCUCCUUGGAAUGGAUCAAACUUCGGUGUUUCUCAAAGAGUUUGAUCUAGGUUCCGUUGGCCGAAGGCUAAAGACCUGGCAGAAAAUCAAAGCACUUCAAGAUGAGAUUAGUUCUGGGGCCUCAACGAGGCGCAAUACUGCAUCGUAUGGCAGUGAAGUUGGUUCAGAUGAUGCUGGACGUAACCGGACUCGCAGCGUUAACUCAGCGUCAAUGGCACCCAAGUUAUCAGGGCCAGGGUCGCGGCAGAGUUCACGUAUAUCCCAAAGCCGAAUAUCACGAAACGAUUCCGUCCAAGGCAUAUCUCCUGUGUCUCCAAUAACAAAUGAUGGCUCGCGCGUACCUGGAGAAAUGCGCCCUUCUGCUGCGUCUAUCCGGGACCUUCAUCAUUCACGACAAAACUCGGCAACCGACUUCAGCGCCUCACUUAUGGGUGCUGUAGCAAACAUCUCGCCCAAGCCACAAGAUACAGCCCACAAGAAACAACCAUCCUUCGACAGGAACUGGACAAUGGGUGCCGCUGCGUCUCCUUCGCUAGCCAAUCGCCCACUGUCUUCUUCUGGGCUCCGUCCCAUCGUAAGUGGCCCCAUCGACCAAUCACCGAGUGCCAACCGCGCUACAGCUUUCGAUAUACUUGAUCGAGGGUAUUUCUCAGGUGGGGAAGCAGAUGCACGGCAGAGGAAUGUCCUGCGAAAGCGAGGCAGUACUGCCGCUGGUCACUCUCGAAAUUCGAGCUACACAGAUGACACCAGAGUGCGUAGCGCUACAGCACACUCGCGGCAUUCAAGAUUCGGCAGUGUGGAUUCCGUUCGCGAUUCUGCACCUCCAUCUGCGUCUCAAAAGUAUUAUGGCCUUUCGGUCAACGGCCGCCGCAGAACGCCUUCAGAGAGUUCCAUUAAUACACCUCCUCGGCCCCCACCACCUCCCAAGGAUGUCCACUCGCCAACUGUGACUAAGUUACAAGGUCUUCCUUUCGAAAACACAGCCGCUCCCAAACCCCUUGCGGCUCAAAAUCGCGGGCCCACCGACUGGCUUUCGCACGUCAGACCGGCGACAAAUCGUCAUUUCGGACUCAGAGCGAUUUCAGAUGCAGUGACUGGAAACGAGAAGUCCCGAGUCGCAUCGCCUACAGGUGGGGCGCCGUCGCCUAUAAAGGAAUCACCGUUGCAGUCACCCUCUCGAACAGGCUCCAGCACACCGUCUGCUGGCCCGAGUUUCGAGCUGGAUUCCCCUACUGCGAAGACCUCGAGCCCGUCCACAACUCCUGGAAGCGGGCGGGCUGCUAGGAAGAAGUCCAAAAAGGAGACGAGCGCAUACACCCGUGGUUUAGAGAAGAAGACUCCCCAGGAACAAAUGAUUGGCGCUGAUUAUAGUGGAUGGAUGAAGAAAAAGAGUACCAAUCUGAUGACGACAUGGAAGCCGCGACUCUUCGUUUUGAAAGGACGCCGACUCUCAUAUUACUAUUCCGAGGACGACACAGAGGAGAAAGGAUUGAUCGAUAUCUCGUUCCACCGUGUCUUGCCUGCAGAUAAUGAUCGGUUAACUGGUCUUCAUGCAACUCUCACGGGCGCGACAAAUAGCCCAACCAGCCCCGCUGGAGCUCAUACCCCAACAAUUGCAUCGACAGAGGCAGCAGCUGAACCUGAAUCAACAUUAAGCAAAAGCAGUAACGAUUCAAUGUUCAUAUUCAAGCUCGUCCCUCCACGAUCGGGUCUGUCUCGCGCUGUAACAUUCACCAAACCCACAGUCCACUACUUCGCCGUCCCCAACAUCAAGCAAGGCCGACUCUGGAUGGCUGCUCUUAUGAAAGCCACAAUUGACCGUGAUGACUCAAAAGCCAUCACAACAACAUACCAACAAAAAACUAUCUCGCUGGCCAAAGCUCGCGCAAUGCGUCAUCGCCCACCAGCACUCAUGAACCUUGAUGAACAUGUCGAUGAAGAAGUUCUCCAAACUCCCGCCAGUGAUAAGAAUGGCCUGAAUAUCCGGGGCAUUAUCUUUGGCGAAGAACCGGGUCAUGAGGAUGACAGUGGUGUUUCUGGUGUCAAUGAUACUCAACAGAAACCUGAUAGUGCGAAGGUCGCUGGUGUUUGUGAUCGUGAUCAUGCCGUUAAUGGUUCUUCAAAGAACUCCCUAGAGGCAAAUGUUCCGGAACCUUUGACAGCAUGA